AUGGCUGGAAACGAGGCUACAUUAAUUAACAAAUCAAGUGCUGGUAUCAGUAUUACUGAUCAUGGUUCAGAUUGGUAUUGGACAUGUUUUUCAGUCUUUGGAUUAUUUGCAUUAUUACAUGCUUCGAUCUUCAUUGUUUUCCAUAAAUCAAGCACUCAAGAAAGAAGAAACAAGGCAAUGUUCCAUGUUGGUACCUUAUCUUCUAAUGCUGUUUUAGCAUUUACUUAUUACACUUUAGCUUCGAAUUUAGGUUAUGCUCCUGUUGCUGUGGAGUUCAACCAUAUUCAAAUUGGUGAUGAUACAAGACAAGUUUUCUAUGCAAGAUAUAUUGGUUGGUUCUUAGCUUAUCCAGGUUUAUUGUAUACAUUCGAAUUGAAUUCAUUAGCUCAAAACAUUUUAUCAAGAACUGAUUAUCUUCAAUUGUUCCAAACUUUAUUCUUGCAAAUAUGUUCCACUGAAGUAUUAGUCUUGGGUCUAUUGAUUGGUUCCGUUGUUCAUUCUUCUUAUAAAUGGGGUUAUUGGACUUUUGGUGUUGCUUCUCAAUUGUUUAUGAUAACAAUUUUCUUUUACCAUCAAUUUAAAACAGCUUCAACAACAAGUUUGAUUACAAAAUUAUUAGUUCCAUUCUUUAGUUUAUGUUUCAUCUUAUAUCCAGUUUGUUGGGGUUUAAGUGAAGGUGGUAAUGUUAUUCAACCAGAUUCUGAAGGUGUCUUUUACGGUGUUUUAGAUUUAAUCAACUUUUGGUUGAUUCCAUUGGCUUUGAUUUUUGAUUCUUAUAAACAUGGUACUGUUAUUAAUGAAGCACAUUUACCAACGAGAGGUGAUGACGUUGAAAAGCAAACUUCUCCUGAACUAAGAGCUUCUGGUGAAACUGAAGUUGGAAAUCAAGAGAAUCCAGAUGAAGGUGCUUUAGAAACUCAACAUGCUUAA